CAAUUUAUGAACGCACCUUUUAGCACGCUGAGUUAGGGUUUCACAAAAAAAAUCCAAUCUCACCGCCGGUGCCGGAAAAUUCUUGAUAGACGACCACAGCAUGGAUUUCGACGAGUACGAGUACUUAGAGAAGACCGUGGAAGAAACCAACGGCUUAGUGAAAACUAGCAGCAAGGAAACUUCUGAGAAGGAAAAGGACGAAGAGAAGAGUGAAAAGGGGUACAGAAGAAGGGACAGGAGCGAGGAAGAUGAUUUGGACGAAGAGGAAAGAGAUAGAAAGAGCAGCAGCAAGAAACGGCGAAGCGACAGGGACAGUGAAGAGAACGGGCGCUAUAGAGACCGUGAUCGAGAAAAAGAGCGGGACAGGGAUAGAGAUAGGGAUAGGGAGAGGAGUUCCAGACAUAGGAGCCAAGAGAGGGAUUCGGAGAGGGAAAGAGAUAGAGAGAGGCGGAGCUCGAGGGACCGAGACCGGGAUAGGGAGAAGAGAGAGAAAGAUAGGGAGAGGGAGAGGGAGAGGGAGAGGGACAGGGACAAAGAUAGGGAGAGGAGAGAUAGAGAAAGGGAGAAGGAAAAGGAGAAGGAGCGAGAAAGGAGAGAAAGGGAGAAGGAGCGGGAGCGAGAGAGGGAACGGGAGAGGUUGAGGAGGAGCAGGAGUCGAUCGAGGCUGGAUCGUGAAAAGGAGAUGGAGUUGAUGCGGGAAAGGGAGCGAGAGCUUGAAUUGCGUGAGAGCAGGAGAUUUAAGGAAAAGAAAGAAGUAGAGCCUGAAGCUGACCCAGAAAGGGAUCAAAGAACUGUGUUUGCAUACCAGAUGCCACUUAAGGCCACUGAGAGAGAUGUGUACGAGUUCUUUUCACAAGCAGGAAAGGUAAGGGAUGUACGACUAAUUAUGGAUCGGAACUCAAGGAGAUCAAAAGGGGUUGGGUAUAUUGAAUUUUACGAUGCUAUGUCUGUGCCUAUGGCUAUCACCCUGUCUGGUCACCUACUUCUUGGACAACCAGUAAUGGUUAAACCUUCAGAAGCUGAAAAAAAUCUUGUCCAAUCGAAUACUUCUGCUGGUGGUUCAGGUGUUGUUGGACCUUAUGGUGCAACUGAAAGGAAGUUGUAUGUGGGCAAUUUACACUUCAACAUGACAGAAUUUCAGCUUAAACAGAUUUUUGAAGCAUUUGGGCCUGUUGAGCUUGUGCAACUACCCACGGAUCCAGAGACAGGACAUUGCAAAGGCUUUGGGUUUGUUCAGUUUGCACAACUUGAACACGCGAAGGCAGCACAAAGUUUGAAUGGGAAAUUAGAAAUUGCUGGUCGGACAAUCAAGGUUUCAUCUGUUACUGAUCAUGUUGGAGUUCAAGAUGCAGGGGCAAAAACUGCUGAUUUUGAUGAUGACGAUGGAGGUGGUUUGGCUUUAAAUGCUCAGUCUAGAGCUUUGCUUAUGCAGAGAUUGGAUCGCAGUGGUAUUGCUUCAAGCGUCGUGGGUCCCCUUGGAGGAGGGCCUGGGCUCAAUGGAUCGGCUACAUCACAACAAGCAAUAAACUUGCCCCUGAAUCCGACAACAGUGCUUCCAACUUCAGUUCUUCCAGCCCAGGUUGCUUCUAUGGCCCCAGAACCUAUUGGGAACCCCAGCGAGUGUUUACUAUUGAAGAAUAUGUUUGAUCCAACCACUGAGACUGAUGAGGAGUUUGAUCUGGACAUUAGAGAUGAUGUGCAUGAAGAAUGUUCCAAAUAUGGGCGGGUAAAACAUAUAUUUGUCGACAAGAAUAGUGCUGGUUAUGUAUACUUGAGGUUUGAAAGUGUGGAAGCAGCAUCACGUGCUCAACUAGCAAUGCAUAAAAGAUGGUUUGCUCGUAGAUUGAUCUCAGCCAUAUUCUUGCAACCAUACGAGUAUGAUGCCAAAUUUAAAGGUACUGCUUGAACAAUCUACUAUUGUUGAUCAGUCGGGAAACAUCAGAUGAUGCUAUCUGCUAUAUUUCUAUAGAGACUCCUAGCACGUUGUCUCAACAGAGGAUCAAGUUUUCUAGCGCGAGAUAUUUACUUUAUUUCUCUAGUACCUUUACUCGAUUGAAGCGAAGUUAUCUCGUGGCCAAUACGAUCAAAUGGAAAGUCAACAAACAUGUUUGUAUAAACUACAAUUAGUUUUGUGCCUAUACUGUUCAAGGAAAAACAAAAAUGGAAGGAAAUGCAAUAAGAACUUCCAAAUUAACAAUCAA